UUAUAGUCGACUAUAGGGAAAUACUGGAUCCCCUAUUUAAGCAUCUUCUGUAAGCCAUAGAAUCUCAAAGUUGGAUCCCUUUCAAAGCGAUGAACACAUUCACGAUUAUAGCUUGUGUGGUGCUGUGCACCUUAGCUCUCUCCGCCGAUGCCCUGAAUAUCGAACCGAGGAGCAGCUGGGGAGCGGUGGCUGCUCGAUCGCCUGCCAGGAUCUCCGGAGCAGUGGACUAUGUCAUCAUUCAUCACUCGGACAAUCCGAAUGGAUGCUCCACCAGUGACCAGUGCAAGCGAAUGAUCAAGGCUAUUCAGACGGAUCACAAGGGACGCAGGAACUUCAGCGAUAUUGGCUACAACUUCAUAGUGGCCGGAGACGGAAAGGUGUACGAGGGUCGGGGCUUUGGACUUCAGGGCUCCCAUGCCCCCAACUACAACCGGAACAGCAUCGGCAUUGUGUUCAUCGGCAACUUCCAGGGCAGCGCUCCCUCAUCCCAGAUGCUGCGGAACGCCAAGGAUCUGAUCGCAUUGGCCCAGCAGCGGGGCUACCUCAAGGACAACUACACCCUGCUGGGACACAGGCAGACCAAGGCCACUGCUUGUCCAGGAGAUGCGCUCUUCAAUGAGAUCAAGACCUGGCCCCACUGGAGGCAACUUUAAAGUUAAAGAGUUUUGUUAAUUUAAAUAUAUUUUUUUAGAAGAUAAA